AUGAGUCGACGGCUUUUAUCUACCCUCGGCGGCCGCCAUCACCGCGCGAGCAUUGCCCCGGAGACUCUCGAUCGAGCUCAUCGAAAACAAAACGAGCUGGCCGCCAAGUUCGAGCGCGGGUUAGGUCAGGAUGGCGAAGGAAAUAGUAUUACAAUCAACAGGGAGAGAAAGACAGUCAAUACGUCAGCUGGCGAGCUGCCCAUUUCACCCGUCAUGGACCCGGAUUUCGCAGAGGUUAGGAAGAGGUGGAAGGGCCCUAAAGAAAAGCCGAACAGAAGCAAGGUAAAGGACUUGAAGGAGAGGGCUCGGAGGAAACUUGCAGAGAACCCAUACGCCCAUGCUCUUGCGACUCCCAUUCGCAUGUGCCCCAUCACCCGCACAACCCUGCCGUCAUAUUUCCUCCAGAACUUCAAUGCAGUCUCCAAUCCUGAAACUGGUGACAUAUGGAUAGUACCAGAGGAUAUGACCUCGAGCCCAUUGGAAGGCUCCAGCCAGAAAGACGGUGCAGACCCGGAACAAGAUAAUGAACAACAAACUUCUACCCUGGCCAGCCAAGCCGAUACACCGGAACCAACAGCCCCCGAGUCGCCCUUCAAAAAACCCAUGAUUUCUCCCCCCUCAACAUACGUUCUCUCCAGGAAACUCCUCCUCAAGAACGCGCCCCAACGAAAGGGGGCUGGACCACACGCAGGCUCCGUUCCUAUGCUAUUCGCUAGGCGAGAUCGCUUCAUAAGAGCCACCAAUAGUAGAAUCGUCUUCCGGUCUGACAUGGACGAGUUCGUUCUCGAAAACAUGCGCCGCCAAGUCGUCAACGCAUUUUUGUAUUAUGCCAAACUGCAUGAAACCGACGGAAGGGACUACCUGAGGCCGUGUCCAACCUGGGACAGCGUCAAGAAGAUGCAGAAGCGGGGCUGUCUUCUUUGGAUACCCUCGAAUGCAGAAGACCAGAAAGGCCCCAGGGCGGUUGGUGGUUACUCUGCCGUGCAACAGUUCGCCGCGUACGAUGUCCCCGAUGCCAAGUGGGAGAAGAGGCUGCCGGUCCAUGAUCUCGAUUACCUCUUAGGCCCUGACCACAUGGCAACUUUGCGCAAGCACGCACUCUUCCAAGCCAACUCUCUGUUGUUGUUAGGGAAACAGAGGUCGAUACCUGUGCAGCUCUAUCUCUGGAAGUUACAGGGGUAUAUGGCAGAGUAUCCUGAGGAUAAUACUUUUGUGCCGAAGAAUAGUAAAGAAAAGAAGGAUCAGUCGUGA